AUGCAUCGAUCUUUCGAAGAACUACGGCGGCGGUAUGUCAUGCGAGCGACGCGGGAGAUUUCAAAUGCAGAUGGGCAGGGCUAUCUUUACGCUUACGUCGAGGAUGAUGAAUGGAAGGUGGGCCUGACGAACAACUUCGUUCGUCGUCAGGAGGAGUGGAACAAGGGUUGUCCUUGCCCGUGGAGAAUAUGGCUUUUGCCUAUCCGGGUCGCGAACAGGCGGAGAGCGGAGGCACUGGCGCAUCUUUUACUUGAAAUGGAGUGUCUUGACCGCCCGCGAACCUAUUGCCGAUGUUGCCGACGAACGCAUAUCGAGAAGUUUGUUUUCUCCGGCGACUGGCCGCUGUCUCGUGAAGCUGACAUUCCAAUAGUUGAAUUGUCACUCUUGAAAUUGGUCUCUGAACUCUUAGGCUUUGCAGCAUGUACAAUAUACAAACUAAAAAAUACGUGGAGAAUUGGGGAAACAGGUCCUCAACAUAAUGAACACAAAAAUACUCAAGCACUCAAAGGUCCUCAAGGUCCUCAAGCACUCGAAGACGACGCAUCACAUAUACCGACACACGUCAUGUAUCCCAACAUCCCCGACAUCAUCGUUGCCACGCGUUCCGACCUCCCGACAUCAGCGACGUCGGCCAAUGGCACGAAGAAUACUAGUGCUCAUAACAGCAAGAUCUGGUCGACUAGCUCUGUUGAAGAACGCGAACGAAUCAAAGAGUUUUGGUUUGGUCUAGGGGAAGAGGAACGACGAAACCUGGCCAAGAUAGAGAAGGAUACGAACGUUGACCCAGACGCCGAUCUCGGUGACGACGAGUAUGAGGAAGAGGAUGACGACGGUGAGGACUAUGAGGAAGAGGACGAAGAGGACGAGGAAGAAGAUCCUAAUCCUAAUCCUAACGAUGAAGAACUCAGUCCAAAUCCAAAUUUACCUGCGCAUCCUGGGAUAAAUGAUGUUGGAAUUGGUCGUGGACGAGGAACUCCCAGACGGCCUGGAACGACGCCACAAUUAGGUGUAAAGGGUGGUGCAGGACGGGAGGGGGAGAGGUCGUAG